AUGUCCAUCUUUCACAAAAGCAAGUUAACUGAUGGCAAUCAAGUUCAAACAGCCACUUCUGAUGUUCAAUCCACGCUAGAAAUCGAUGAACAUGAAGAGAAGAAGCUACUUAAAAAGGUCGAUGCUCGCUUGAUUCCUACUGUUUUCUUCAUGUAUUUGGUUUCUUACCUUGACAGAAGUAACAUAGGAAAUGCAUAUACGGGAGGAAUGGGAAAGGAAUUCAACAUGACAAGUCAAGACUAUUCGAUCGUUCUAUUGGUCUUCUUUAUCUCGUACGUUUUAUUCGAACCGAUUUCAAACGCAAUUCUUACCCGUGUUAGACCAAGUAUUUAUCUACCUUCUUUGAUGAUCUUAUGGGGCAUUCUUACAAUGUGCUUUGCCGCCGCUCAAUCCUGGCAAGCUAUUGCGGGCCUACGAUUCAUUUUGGGUAUCUUGGAAAGUUCAUUUGCUCCUGGUGUUUUGUUUUUAUUAUCCGCUUGGUAUAAACGUGGCGAAAUGGGUCGUCGAUAUAGUUUAUACUACACAGCAGUUGCGCUUUCAGGUAUAUUCGGUGGUUUGAUCGCUGGCGGAUUAAUCAAAGAAUUGGAUGGUGCCCGGGGUAUUCCUGGUUGGAAAUGGCUAUUCAUCGUUGAAGGUGCAAUUACUUGUUUUGUUUCAAUAAUUUCAAUUUUUACACUGCCAGACUUUCCUUCUACAACUCGUUGGUUAACAACUGCGGAACGUGCUUUGGCUAGCAAUCGUUUGAUCAAAGAUUCGGUUGGAGAUACCCAAGGCGGAGAUAAAAUUUCUCACAAAGAAGCAGCAAAGAUGACAUUUACUGAUUGGCGUGUUUGGUCAUUUGUUCUCACAUACAUGUGUACAACCGGCGCUCAAACCAUUCAAUACUUUAUCCCUGAACUGGUCAAAAGUAUGGGAUAUACUGGUUACGAUAUUCAGUAUUUCACUGCUCCCAUUUACACGGUCGCUUUCGUUUCUAUUCUCGCUUUUUGUUUCUCUUCGGAUUAUUUCAAAGAACGUGCUCUCCAUCUAGCAGCGGCCUCAGCACUAUCAGUCGUUUGUUUUGCUAUUUUGAUUGGUGUACUCAACAAUACAGCAAGAUAUGUUCUCCUUUGCUUUGGCGUUGCAGGUGUUUAUGCUGCUUGUCCUUUGGUCAGUAUUUAUGCAGCCAAUGCAAUCCCAUGGCCAAGUGAAAAACGUGCAAUUUCAUUAGCCGUGAUCAAUGCAUUGGGAAAUAGUGCUUCAAUUUAUGGUUCCUUCUUAUUCCCAGCAGGUGCAAAAGAUCAUAAUCGAACCGGUUUCGCUGUUACAAUGGCUUUCAUGGUCUUGGCUUUUGUUAUGGCUUUCUUCUUACGUUUCUUUUUGGCAAAAUAUCCUUAUCCUGAAUCUCAACAAACACCAGUCGCACAAGUCUACCCUGAUGAUGAGGCAAAUGCCGAUGGAACCGUACCCGUAAUGAAUAGAAGCGAAAAGUAG